AUGUUUGAGAGUUCUAUUGGACAAGAUUGUCCAAUCGACAAUCUACUCACGGACAAUCUACCCACAACGCACGAUCCCAAAUCUCUGUCCUUUGGGACAGGUUUUCAAUCGCUGCUGGAAGAGGGAGAGGGAGAGGAAGGAGAAGGAGAAGGGGAAGAGGAAGAGGAAGAGGAAGAGGAAGAGGAAGAGGAAGAGGAAGGAGAAGGAGAAGGAGAAGGGGAAGAGGAAAAGGAAGAGAUCUUUUCUCCCUCAUUACGGGAGAUGAAAAGUGAGCAACUG